ACUGAAUUCAGUUUCACUGUUGCGCUCUGCUGGAUUCGCUGUAAGGUCAACAAGCAAGCAAGCAAGCAAGCAACAAGAAGCAGCCACAGAUCCUUGCACUGCACCAGCACCACAACACAACAAGAAGCGCACCGCCAGCACCCUGCCAGGAUGAGUGACGAGUACGACGACGAUGACUUUGGCCGUGAGUCUGUGUACUCGCUGGCGCCAGAGGACAUCCUGUUCCAGGCACGGUGCAUGUUCCCUUUUGAGAGCACCUGCGACGUGGAGCUGUCCCUGAACGAGGGCGACAUUGUCAACGUGACCCGCACCGACGUGGGCGGCGGCUGGUGGGAAGGCGAGCACGACGGCAACCACGGCCUCUUCCCGGAGACAUACGUCCAGGCCGUUGAUGGGGAGGGCGCCACAGCAGAUGAGGCGCAGCAAGCUGGCGAAGCUCCUGCUGGUGACGAGGACGCGGCUGCACAACAGCAAUACGACACCUCCGCUCAGUCGUCUCACCGGCCCACUGCCUCUGCCCACUCGUCCGUGUCGGCACCACCAGGCGCUCCCUUCAUCACUGUGCGUGUGAAAUCAGCCGGCGUUUUCAGCGCAUUCCUGGAGUGGAAGACGGGCAAGCGGCAGGCGGAGGCGGAGUCGAGCGAGUCCAAGUUCCUGUCGUCGAUCGUUCGUGCAGAAGCGCUGCCAGACAACCACGAGGAGACGACGGCGCAGUACCACCAGUUCUCGCAGUGGUUCGAGAAGCAGCUGCACUCGCUCGAAGCAGAGUACGACGCUCUGCUCAAAGUCCACAAAGCCACGACGGAAGGGCUGGAGAAAGUCAGCAAGUGCUUCAAGUGUUUUGGCGAUCCAACGCUCUUUGCCGAAUCCGAGCGCCCCGCGUUCAAGCCGUGGUGGGAGCAGGACGACCCCAUGAUGCACCUGCUGAACAGUCUCGGCAUCAUCGGCGAAGGCGUCAAGCAGCUGUCGAUCCUCUCGUCCGAGCAGGAGGAUGAGGAUCGGUCCGGAAUUCUUGGCUUCGUCAAGGAGUACACGUCGCUUCUCAAGGCGUUCCACCCUGUCUUCAAAGCGCACCACUCUGCCUGGCACGAGUACCAGCAAAUGUCUGCCAAGGACAAUGUGCCGGCGGAGACGUUGGCGUCAAUUGAGCGCAACUGCGAAACCAUUUCUGCGGUCGUGCUGGCCGAGGCGCGCCACUUCUACGAGAAUGCGGGCUACGAUUUGUGUAUGGCGAUGCGUGAGCACAUGACAGCAAAGGCCGCUUUCCAUCGCAAGGCCGCAGAGUUGUGGGAGCAGCUGCUUUCUGAUUUUCCGCAGCCACAAUGAUUGAAUCCCCAACCCGUACCCACAGACACCAGCACGCCCCAUCGUCUCUUACCCCUUCAAGCAACACACCUGUCCAGCUCUUGUCCAAUGCUGUUCGCUUUCGUUCACUCGCCUGUUGCGUGAUCUUCCUCCCCCAGCACAACAAUCCACACCACCACCCGCAAUUCAUACACACGGCGUGCGCACGUGUGCGUGUUAUCGGUGCCUCUGCCUAAAACCGCGACUUGCGAAUCACGUUCGGCUUCCAGUCGAGGGGAUGUGUCUCUUCCGUCUGCUCCAACACCAACAACAACGCGCACAUCAACACAACACAUGCA